AUGUCGCAGACCGCCCCCGUAGCCUGUGCGGAGAGCAGCGGCACGCCCGCGGCCACUGACGCGCUCCGGAGCGAGAAACCACGGCGCGUGAAGGUGUACUUGCUCCAGGGCGACGACUGGCUCGACAACGGCACCGGCUACUGCACCGGCGAGGUGGACGGCGCCAGCAGCAAGCCGUGCUUCGUCGUGCGCAGCGAGCUCGACUCGCAGCACGUGCUCAUGCAGUCGUUCUUGGAGGGCAGCAUCCAGUACCAGCGCCAGCAGGAGACGCUCAUAGUGUGGACGGACCUCCGCGGCAAGGACCUCGCGCUCUCGUUCCAGGAGAACGACGGCUGCAGGGACCUCUGCGACUUCAUUGUGCGCGCGCAGCAGGGCCGCUGGGCACCGCAGGUGUCGCUCUACUACGUGCUCCUGGCGCCCGCAGGCUCCCCCGACGAGGGCCCCCGCGAGAUCACGGAGCUCAUCACCGGCCCGGUGGCGUACCCGCCGCGCGAGCCCGACCGCGCGGCGCUCGCCGCGGUCUUGGACCUGCUCACGCAGGCCGCCGGCGCGUUGUUCUCGCGCCUCCAGAUGCUGGCCUUCCUCGCAGACUCCCACUACUUCGACGCGCUCUUCCGCCUCUUCCGCCAGCGGGAGGCCGCGCGCGACCUCGACGCCGUGCUCUGCCUCAACGACAUCGUCAAGGCGGCGCUCCACUACAACGAGCCGCGCGUGGUGGCCGAGCUCGUGUCCUCCGAGACCCGCGCCAUGGACUUCGCCGGCGUGCUCGAGUACGACCGCACCGUGCCCGGCCUCCGCGCGUGCCACCGCCAGCACUUGCAGGACCGCUCCCGCCUCAAGACCGUGGUGCACGUGCCGCUCCCGCCGCACGGGCCGGACGACCCCAUGGACCCGUUCCGCCGCGACUUCGUGCUCCAGUACUUGCGCGGCGUGGCGCUCGCGCACGUGUUGGACGAGCCGGCGCUCGCCGUGCUCGAGGACUUGAUUCUGAGCAACCACUUGGACAUCCUCGCCUUCCUCCAGGACGCGCCCGCCAACGGCAACUUCCUCGCGCGGCUCUUUGCGCUCUACGACGCGCCGGGCCGCCCGCAGCAGCAGGCCCGUGACGGCGUGCGCCUCGUCCACCAGUACGUGCUCGUGGCCAAGGCGUUCCCGGCGUGCCAGCUGGCCGGCUUCUUCGCCGAGCUCGUGCGCCGCGGCGUCUUGAAGAUGGUCAAGCACGCGUUGUGCGACCCGGCCCGCGCGCUGCGCGCCAUGGGCAUCGAGAUCUUGACCGCCGUCAUCGACCAGGACGUGGCCUUGGUCGGCGUGCCGCUGGCGCCCGACGACGCGGACGACUCCGCGGACGACGCGUGCCCCGGGCCGGCCCGCCCCGGACACACGCCCGAGUCAUCCGACUCCAUCCGCUGCAACUUGAUGACCGACAUGUCCUUGACCUUGGCCUUGGGCUCCUUGCUCCUAAACGACCCCGACCCGGCGUUGAAGACCCAGACCUACGAGGCCAUCAAGAGCCUCCUAUGCUCCACGGUGUUCGACGUGGACUUCCCCGCAAAGACCGACGGCGACGCCCACGUCAAGUCCUACUUCGAGGCCUUCUACGAGCAGGUGGCGCCCACGCUCUUCGCGGCGUUCAUCGACCUCGCAGGCCCCAGCGAGAGCGCCCGCCAGGACGCGGAACGCCGCGUGCGCGCAGACCCGGCCCUUUUCCAGCGCCUCUGCGACCUCAUCUCCUUCUGCUGCCAUGAGCACGAGUCCGCCAUCUGCCGCCCGUUCUUCACGCGCAGCGGCGCGCUCGACGGCAUUGUCAGGACUCUCGCCUUGGACGUCCACGUGACGAUGAAGCUCGCGGUCUUGCGGUGCUUCAAAAGCUUGAUCCUGCUCAACGACCACGCGUUCUGCUGCUACAUGAUCCACAACGACCUCUUCGCGCCGUUCUUCGCGUUCUUCGACACCGUCGUGGACCAAGACUCCUUGGUCAACUCGCUGUGCUUGGACUUGCUCGGCAUCAUCAUCAAGCGCAGCUCCCACGACUCUUUCGGCUGCUUGGCCGUGCACAUGAGUCUGCGCUACAGACUGUUCUUGGAGUCCAGGAUCAGCUACGUGUCCACCGGGCGCGACUUGUUGGCCUCUGCACGGAGGUUCAAGGACAGAGCAAAAGACAGCACCGUCACCAGUGUGGAUUUGGACCAGGGCCAUUGUCACAGCAUCCACCCAUCCUCGCCCAUUGCGCGAGAAGUGAAUGGGUGCAACACAACUACAGAGGGCAGACAGGCCAAUUGCAGUUUGCUAGAUGCACACGAAGGCUGA